AUGGCAAAGACCCGCUUGGGUCUGAUACCGACAGUACCCUUCGACGACGUAAUUGACGGAAAAGGUCAAGGACUCAACAUCCUUCUGGAGUAUGUCGGCAAAUUGAUUAUGCACUAUAUUGACGCGUCCGUCCUAACCCGUCCUAGUGGCCCACCCGGCGUCGGAAAGACAUUUACGGUUAAAGCAACCUCGGAAUAUUUCAAGCUGCCUCUCUACUCGAUAUCCGCAGGCGAGCUUAUUGUCGACCACGGAGAUUCCAAUGCGCUUGAGCAACAACUUGAAACUAUAUUCAAGAUUGCUAAACACUUCAAAGCUGUGCUCCUCUUGGAUAAGGCAGAUGCCUUCAUGGAGCAGCGUACAUCUUACCACGAUACUCAUAACCGCCUGGUGACCGUUUUUCUCCGAAAGCUGGAAUACUACCAAGGAAUCCUUUUCUUGACUUCGAAUCGGGGUAUUCAUUUUGACGAUGCAAUCCUCAGUCGGAUCCAUUUGAUCAUUAAGUAUAAAGGCUUGAGCAGGGAUUUUCGCAGGGGUCUCUGGUCCACUUUUCUGACUAGGGCACGUACAGUGCAAGGACCUGCCAUGAUCGAGGAGCACGAACUCCGACGAUUGGAGUCUUUAGAUCUCAACGGAAGAGAGAUCAAGAACAUCGCAGCAAUUGCACAUGCUCUCGCCGAAGCGAAUACCAGCCAAGUGAGUUACAAAUACCUAGAGUUAGCCGCAGAAUCGCGUCAAAAAUUUUCGAAGGAGUUCGGCAGGCAGGGAAUGUAUAUCUAG